AUGGAACAAGAUUGGGCAGAAGCCAAGCAUCGAGCGAUGCGAGGUCGUCUACACAGCCUCAGAAUCCGGCUUAUUGAUCUUGCGAAUAACUUGGCCAAUCUUACAACAGAACAGCUGGGCAUUCAUUGCGGUGCAAUCGUUGAAGACCUGCGCAGCUUCUCUUAUGAUUGCAUGGUAGAAGGCAGGGAUAGACUCGAUGAAGCCCAGUUUCAAUGGCGAGUUGGGGAAAUCGGGGAGUUAAUGGACUUUUCUAUUAACGAGGAGCUCAAAAAUAUUGAACGAGACGAGCAUCAUAAGCCUAGGAUGACAAGAGAAAAGCGCAGGGCCAUGUUGAUGGAUCUCCGAAUCGACAUUCCUUUUACUGAGUUGUGCUUCGUCCCCGAUGCUUAUGACUUCUUCAUGAACCUCGGAAAGAAUAUCAGAGACCUCGUUGUUGAUGAGCUUAGGCAUCGUGCUCACGACCACGCUAUGGCUCGCCUUCAGUCUGCCAAGGAAGAGCAAGGUGUCAGCGAGCGACCUCUUCCCCAAAGACAUCUAUAUGAAGAGUCUAUCACUAACAAUGUGCUUGAGCAGGAAUCUAGGGAGCUGGAAAUCCGCGAUAACUUGCCAGUCACAGACGAUGUGGCAUCGGCAGCCGUGGAGGAGUAUGACGACUGUGUAGAAUUGCAGUCACCGUGUCCGCCAGGGAUGAGCUUGCUUGUCCUGGCUCGUGCAGGAGAUUGGUGGUUCGCUCAACCAGUGAACCCUUCGGCCAAGAAACCUCGUUCUCGCGGGCCAAUGCCUAACCUCGAGGUUAUAACCAUCACUCGCAACCAGCUACGAGAUGAUCAUGAGUUUGUGGGAGAUGCUUUCAAAAAGGAGAUUCCUGAGGUUCAACCGUCUCUCAAGAAGUUGGACAUCGACUUUGAAAAGACUAUUGGUUCUCAGUUUGGGAUUGUCGUUGCAUGGAGGUUCGUUGGAGGGGAUGUCUGGAUGGACCGUUAUGGUCAUAUUGUUCCGAAGAAUGUCAUUGACGAGUCAGCCAUUCACAUCGGUCGAUCAUGGAGUUCCACCAGAGAGUAA